AUGUUCCUCACCUUCUCUGUUGGCAAGAAGAAGCCAAUCGCCACCACGGAGAAGACUCUGAAGCCCCCCAAUGAGACUGAACGAUCUGAACAAGACCGACGUAUACGUACCCGUCGACCCAAUCCCCCAAGCUACGCCGUAGCUAUCGACGUCUUCGUCGAUGGAGAGCCCGAGAGAGAUGUAGAGAACGGUACGGAAACGUGGAUAGUGGACAAACAACCAGAGAGACCUCUUGCCCGUGGCCACAUCUUGACCAUGCGUCUGGUCGAUCACGUGAUUGGAUCGGGCCGAAUCUCAAAGGUCGAUGGCCUAGCCCGCCACUGGGUCACAUUCCGCCUCGCAGGUGCACGUGAUGGCCUACGGGUCCGCGUACCCGUGCCCUGGGCCGGCCUCAGCGGGUACGCAACGCACACCCACACGUCACAGUACCACAUGCUCUCACCGAUCCCCGAACCCCACGUGCUGUUCCGGAACACCCCGCCCUUCGCCGAUCCCGAAUCAAACCCGUACCAAUUCGAACUCACCUGUGGGAAGGAGAUCCGGCUACGCGCCAAGCUAAACACAGCCGCAAACGGUGACGAAUCAGUAGAGGAACAGCAAAGAGCUGAAUGA